UCAAUUCAAAAUUUGUACACGCAAAAUUAAAGAUAAUACAAAAUUCACCCCAUCCUGUUCCAUCCUAACCAACAAACCCCACUCAAGAAAUAUGUCAGUGGAGGAAGAUUUUUCCGUGGAGCCUGAAGAGCCAAUGGAAUUUAUAUAUGAACAAAAGUUGCGUGAAGGCGAACUAAGUGCCGAGAAGGAUGAGCUCAAGAGCCGUAUAAACAAAAUUGAGAACACCCUAAGACUGUUGGAGAAUCGCGAUGACGAACUCACCUGCAUGAUCUCCACCAACAACAUCUAUCAGCUGAGCACAGUGAAGCAUGUCAGAGAGGCGCUGAAUGCAAAUCUGACGGCAUCCAUGCAAUCUUUUGUCUCAGUGCAUCGCAAGUUAUUGCGCAUCCAGCACCAAAUUCGAUUGGAUCAGGGGACACUUAUAUGACCAUUCUGCGGGAAGUGCAAACUUUCGAAGACGGCACAGGAAAACAGAGAAUGUGUUUCUUUUGAUAUACUGGUCAGGGUCAAAUGUUUCGGAUAAUAAAACGGUAUGAAAGCAAUCAAA